AGGCAACAAAAUAAAGUACACAUUAAUAGAUUCCCAAGCCAAGAGUCAUCUUCUUCCCCUUCAUGGCAAAUUCUACCUACUAGGGUUUUCGAUUUCUGUCUCUCUUGAGCGAAUCCUUGUUUGUUUUUUUUUUACUGAUUUCUCUUUUCGUCAGCCAUGGACAGUUCUUGUGUGGGUAGAAGAACUCGUUCGAGGACGGAAUCUUACUUAUACUCGCUUCUAAACAUAUCAAAGGGGAUUUCCGUCGAAGAACAAUCCGAGAGUAGGAGAAAGAGGCAGAAGAAGAGGGAUUCAAUUCGUAGUGGUAAUUCUUCACCACCGCCGGCGAAGGCCAAACGACGCCGGGGAACAGCGAGCACGGAUGACUCUCUCGAGUUCGUCGGAAUUGUUUGUCCAGAAGGUAAGCCAGAUAACAAACAUGUUGAUAAUGUGGCUUCUCCUUCGUUGAUUGCUCCUAGUUUAGAGUCGAGAUCGCCUGAUCGGGAUAGGGUUUGUGAUUUGACUUUGGAUGAUGAUGAUGAUGUUUAUGUCGGAAAUUUCCCGAAAGAGAAAGAACAUGUAGAUGAUUACAAUGUAGAUAAGGUUGUGGAUGAUUCUGAUUUGAGAGGUGAGGAGAAGACUUCAGCUCCGGUAAUUUCAGAGGCGGAUGAGGUUAUGAGUCUUAGUUCUAGCUCUGGCGAAGAUUGUUCUGAAGAGGAGGAAUCAGGAUCUGAUUCAAGCGUCGACGGUAGUGAUGAAGAUGCUGAGUCUGAUUACACGGAGGAGGAAAGCUCAGAUUCUUCUUAUAAUGAGAGCUCUGAAAGUGAAUUCGAUUGUUCUGAGGACGACGAGGUUUGUGGUGGUGGCGCCAGAGAUACUUGUCAAAGCAGGAAGAAGAGCACAAGUGGAAAAGCAUAUACUCGGGAGAAGCCGAAGAGUGUUCGUAAGAAGAGUAACUCGGAUGUAGUUAAGCUGCUAGCAAAAUCUAUUUGGGAGAGAACGAAGAUUUUCGAUGAAGACAUCAGCUCCGGGGACGAAGCAGCAGAGGUUGGUUCCAGAGAAGAUCAUGUAGUUAGAGAGAGCUCAAGUGAAAAGGUCUAUGAACAAAAGGGGGAGAGAACGAGAUUACAUAGGGAGAAAAACAAGAGCCACUCGAACAAUGUGACUGAUCGGCGCGGAAACCCGUUUUCCGAGGAGGGUGAGUGUUUUGACGGUGGCGAAAAGCCGUGGGUUUCGCCUCCUUUAAACCUGAGAUUUGGCUGUGAGGAGGAACCUGAGCCAAUUGAGAAAACAGAAGCCGAGAAAGAAAUAGAUGGUUUGUGGGAAGAGAUGGCUUUUGUUCUAACAUCAGAAGGAGUAAACUCGUCUACUAUUAAAAAGAGAGCUGUGUCAUGUAGCAAUGGGAAUCAUGACUUCGUCCUUGAUGAGGAAAUCGGUUUGAAAUGCCGCUACUGUUCUUAUGUUUCCGUUGAGAUCAGAGACAUCUCACCUGCCAUGGACAAGUAUCGUCCUAAUGCUAACGAGAAGACGGCAUGUAGUGACAAAAAGGGCGAACCUUUACUUAACAAAGGGAUUGACUUUGAAGCUUUGGAUCGCAGCGAUGAUGUCGCCUCUUUAAAAGAUACAGAAGGAACUGUCUGGGAAUACAUCCCUGGGAUCAAAGCUACGUUGUACCCGCACCAGCAAGAAGGCUUUGAAUUCAUCUGGAAGAACUUAGCUGGGACAACAAAUCUUGAGGAGCUGAAGAGCUCAGUGGUGAAAGAAAGCGGCGGGUGCGUUAUUUCGCAUUCGCCUGGAACUGGUAAGACGCGUCUGACCAUCGUCUUUCUUCAGUCGUACUUGGAGCAGUUUCCGGAUAGCCACCCCGUGGUCAUAGCUCCUAAAGCUAUAAUGCAGACAUGGGAAGAAGAGUUCAGAAAGUGGAAUUCAAACAUUCCGUUCUUCAACAUGAACAAUAAGAAGUUCUCAGGGGACGAGAGCCAAUCAGCUGUCGCACUUAUAAAGGGGAGUAAGCAAUGUAAGAACGACCAGGAAGCCGUCCGUAUGGUUAAGCUGUAUUCUUGGAGGACCAAGAAAAGCGUUCUUGGAGUUAGCUACCAUCUGUAUAAGAAGCUGGCGCAGAACAAAGAGUUUAAGAGGAUGUUGCUAGAGCUGCCUGGUUUGCUGGUUCUCGACGAGGGCCACACCCCGAGAAACAAGAAGAGCCGCAUUUGGAAAGCGCUCUCCGAGGUUAAAACGGGGAAGCGCAUCAUUCUCUCAGGGACGCCGUUCCAGAACAAUUUCAAGGAGCUCUCCACCGUCUUAUGCCUGGCAAGGCCAGAUUACACAGAGAUGAUAACUUCGAGGCUCCAUGAUCUCAGCAAGCUGAGCCAAGAAGGCAUAAACGGGAGGUUUGAUGAAGAAAUUAGACUUGAGGAGCUUAAGGAUAUGAUUGCUCCUUUUGUGCAUGUCCACAAAGGGAACAUCCUUCGAGAAAACCUUCCAGGUCGAAGAGACUGUGUUGUGGUCUUGAACCCGACUUUUCAACAGACGAUAGUCCUGUCCAGAAUCGAACAACCUCAGGUCACAUUUGAACUUGAGCACAAGUUUUCGGCUGUUUCAGUACACCCAUCUCUGUUUCUGUGCUGCAACGUGACAACGAGGGAAAAACUACUCAUUGGUCCAAAACGAUUAGAUAACCUGGAGAAAAUCAGACUUGACUCCAAGGAAGGUGUGAAAACUAGGUUCCUGAUCGAGUUAAUCCGAUUUAGUCAAACAGUGAAAGAGAAAGUUUUGGUGUUUAGCCAAUACCUUCAAACUCUAGAGCUGGUCAGGGACCAGCUCAGUGCAGUAUUUGGCUGGGCUGAGAGGAGAGAGAUUCUCUAUAUGCAUGGUGAACUUGAUCAGAGUUACAGGCAGCAAAUGAUUCACAACUUCAACGAACCAGACAGUGAGUCUAAAGUGCUACUGGCAUCAACAAGAGCGUGUUCCGAGGGUAUUUGUCUUGUCGGCGCCUCGAGGGUUGUACUCCUCGAUGUUGUUUGGAACCCUUCCGUUGAGAAGCAAGCCAUAAGCCGAGCUUACAGGAUUGGUCAAAAGCGGGUCGUGUACACUUACCAUCUCAUGGUUAAAGACGCAUCUGAGUGGGAAAAGUACUGUACGCAGACAAAGAAACAUCGCAUAUCCGAAAAGGUCUUCUCUCCUACCAAUGAGAAGGAUAAGCUGAUUAACAACGAAGAUGUUUCUGAAGAUAAGAUCCUCGACGAGAUGGUUCGGCACGAGAAGCUGAAAGACAUGUUUGAGAAGAUACUUUACACCGCCCAAGACCCAAAGGAAUCUGAUUUGCUUAUCAACAUCCUCUGAUUGUAAUAUCCUUUUUUUCUCUCUCCCUCUCUCUUAAUUUCACUCUCAGACUCUCUAAACGUUUAUAUUAAUUAGAGGUUUGGAACUGAUUAUUCUAGCAAUAUGUAAUUCUCUAGUUCGAUUUCUUCUAUUUGAAUGGACUUGUGUGUAUCGCUAUUUUCCAUGGCUAUGCUAAAUCGAA